ACGUAAAUUAAUUAAUAUAUAUAGAUUUUAAAUUGAGUAAUCUUGAUGUAAAAUCAAUAGUAUUCAAUAUUACUUAUUUUACAUUUAUAUUUAUUAAUUAAUUUACGUGUUUCUCAUAAUUAUUCAUUUUUGUUUUCAAAAUACGCGCCGCCUAUAAAUCCCUAUAUAUAGAAUUAGCCUGCGAAGUGCGCGUAGUGUGCACGGAUGAUUGCGGAGUAGUCUAAUAACACGUGUUAGAAUUUAUGUUAUUUUGAAAGUGUCAGAAUUAUUUUGUAAAUACCCCAUAGACAGUCUCCGAUAUGAGAGUCAUAUAUGUAAUUAGAAGAACACAUUUAUAUACAUUUCUUCUAGCGGAGAACGCCCGCGCCACCUUACGAAAGUAUUGUAAAUCCAUUAUUACCGACGGUGUGUUCUGUCGGUCUAUAAUCGGCAAUGGUGAACAUCAAUUCAUCAAUUAUAUAUUACAUAGUCUCUCCGCAUCAUGUCUCCAUGGUUCCACUCGGUUAAUGUGAUAUUGAAUCGAACGAACUUAACCUGACUUAGGUUGUUAUCUCAUGGUUGUUCUCGAUAACGAUAAUAAUGUUUAUAUCUUUUAAUUAAUAUAAAGAAAUAUGUGGAUUUAAAAAGCAAUUAUUGAAUUGUUCUUUUCACAUCUGAAAAGUUCGUUGAGAAAACACCUUUACGGCGCUGUGGCUGUGGAAGAAUAUUGCAUCGUGGCUGAUAUAUACACAUGUUAUUAGCAAAGCUUUGAUUGGAGAAGUUUUGACGUGGAAAAGUCUAUGUAAAAAUUUAUUUACUGCAUUUACUAUUUGCACAAAUACGAAAAUGUCUACGAAAAAAGACCAAAAAGAUAACGAUAAUGCUAUUAUAAAAGUGAAUAAGUGGGAUGGAGCAGCUGUGAAAAAUGCUCUAGAUGAUGUUGUUAAAAAUAUUAUAACAAAGAAAUAUAAUUAUCAUGAAAACUUUGCUUUGUUGGAUGGACGGUUAGCAAUAUGUGGAAUUGCAGUUCUUGUUGCUAUAACUGCAUUGAUUUGGGAUUAUUUUCACCCUUUUCCAGCAUCCAGACCAGUUUUAGUAGUUUGUGUAUCUGUAUACUUUGUUUUAAUGGUGGUUUCAACACUUUACACUAUGUAUAAGGAAAAAGGAAUUUUUGUAGUAGCAGUACAAAGGGACCCUGCUGGGUUUGAUCCAGAUUAUAUUUUGGAAGCCAGUUCUUAUCUUAAGAAGUAUGACGAUCAAUAUACAUUAGUUUUAUCUGCUAAGAAUGAUGUUACUGGUGUUGUAAAUGAAACAUCAGUAACUAAAUCAGUAGCUAAUUUUAUUGAUGUAAAUGGAGUAGUGAUACCAGAAUUAGUUGAAGCGAUGGUGUUAAAACUGCAUGACAGCUUAAGCAGCCAGCGCAAAGAUAAAUGAUAGAUUCAUUUUUUACAAUAACUAUUUUGAUAUAUGCUGAUUUUCAUUUUUGUUAUCUGACUAAAGUUCCAUAUUUUUCAAAUAAAAAUUACUAUCUCCUUAAUUGAUAGCAUUUUUUUAAAAAUUAUUAAUGGCAUAGAAGAGCUAAAAGAUUUAUUUAUUAAAUAACUUUAAAGCUAAAGGUGUGUUUGCAUGCAUAUGA